AAGUGAGACAGAGGGAGGGUAGGCCUUGUCUUGAGAGAUUUUUGCUCCUCUAGCACAGGGAGCGUGAUGUCAGCGGUGGCAGUACUGUUGUAAUUGACUUGGUGGGGGUGAUGGCGUCAUUUUAUGCCCUGGUGUAGCCUCCUGCUCCAAUAGCGAAGGCGAGACGGAUCUUUAGCCGACGCGACCGUGGCUCCCUUGGCCGGGAUCGAGCACCGCCGAGCCGGACACUUCACGCCGGGAAACAUGGAGGCUGUGGCCGAGGAGCUGCGGGCCGGCUCUCGGGUACCUGUCACUAUCGAUCAAAUAGUUAACGAUACACUGGUGGUGACGCUGACCUACCGAGAAAGGAGCUACACGGGGAUAUUACUUGACUGCAACAAAAAGACUGGGCUAUUCUGUCUACCAGAUUUCACAGCAAAACCAGGGGACUGCCCGAUAUCUACACCGGCUUGUGAAAUCCCAGAAGUUCUGAGUGAGGAGCCGGUUUCCAAAUCUCCCAGCCAGACUUCACAUAGACCAAAGGAUGAAAACACUCUCCCAGAAAGCAGCAUACCUACUGCACCUCUCCCCUGCCCCGUACCCACACCAGUGCCAGCUGGACAGACUCCUUACCCUCCUUAUUUUGAAGGAGCCCCCUUCCCUCAGCCCUUAUGGGUGCGCCACAGCUACAGCCAAUGGGUACCUCAGCCCCCUCCGCGACCAAUCAAGAGAAAGAAGAGGCGGACGAGAGAGCCUGGCCGCAUGACCAUGAGCACUAUCCGUCUGCGGCCACGGCAGGUACUGUGUGAAAAGUGCAAGAACACACUGAAUAGUGAUGAGGACAGCAAAGACGGCAUGAGCAACACUAAGACUUCUAGAAAAGAGAAUGCACUACACAGCGACGACGACGGUGAUGACAAGGAUAUCCCCUCAAAGCUGUCGAGAAAAGAGGACGUAGUUUCAACCAAGGACACUAAGAGACGUGAAAAUGGCACAAGCCUUGACAGCAAGCGCCUCAGGAAGGACAAAAGGGGAGACUCUGAAGGGGAGAAGUUCCCCAUGGGUGAUGUUAUCCCCCACAGUCCCGUCAUAAAGAUCUCCUACAGCACUCCACAGGGCAAGGGGGAGGUCAUGAAGAUCCCCGCCAGAGUCCACGGUUCAGUCAAACCAUUCUGCCCCAAACAACUGGCGCAGAAUGGCGUGGGAGAAAAUGGCAAGACGCCCUCUGAUCCCACCAAGGAGCAACGGCACAUUUUAGAUGCCACAAGGUCUGGCCUCACCGUGUCCAUUCCCAAACUCAAAUUAACCAGGCCAUUUACAACCGUGGGUCAGGACUUGCCUUCUCCAAAGAUCCAUUUGAGACCCCCGCAGAGGGAGAGCGAGGAGAGUAUGGUCGAGUACGAGGCAGAACUUGUUGGAGGCAACAGGAGACGAAGCCCCAGGGUGCCCGGUCCCUGCCUUCCCCACUCUGAAGACUCCGGGGAAGGUAAAAACUCUCUGGAGUUGUGGUCUGGGAGUUCGGGAGAGGAAGCGGAGCGCGGCCACAGCGACCUCACCCUCCUCAUCAAUUUCCGUAAGCGUAAAGCAGAUUCUUCUAGCCUGUCGGUCUGCAGCAGCGACAGUCUAGAUGAGUCCAAGUCCUUUAGCUCUGACGGGACCUCACCAGAGCUGUGCGACCUAGCCCCAGGUGAAGACCUGUCCGUAACCUCAUCUUCAGUCCCAUCACGGGAAGACUGCAAGACAGUGCCGCCGCUCACGGUGCGGCUUCACACCCGCAGCAUGACAAAGUGCGUAACAGAGGAGGGCCACGCCGUAGCGGUGGGCGACAUCGUGUGGGGAAAGAUUCACGGCUUUCCCUGGUGGCCAGCGCGGGUGCUCAGCAUCAGCGGUACCCGCAAACAGGAGACAGCUAAUUGCGAGGCCCAGUGGCCCCAGGCAAAGGUGGCGUGGUUUGGUUCGCCCACCACUUCCCAGCUGUCCGUUGCCAAACUGUCACCGUUCAGGGAGCUCUUCAGGUCCCGCUUCAACCGCAAGAAGAAAGGGAUGUACCGGAGAGCCAUCCUGGAGGCAGCCAAGGCCGUAGGACACAUGGGCCCAGAGAUUACAUCGCUGCUUUCCCACUGUGACACAGGCUGAGGGCUGAAGAGAGGUCUCCGAGUUUUUUCUGAAUUCUCAGACUGUGUCAUCAAGACCCAGGAGGGGAGUACGUGCGGUUGCCACGGCUACUAUUUAUAUGCCGUUUUUUGUUUUUUUUUGUUGUUGUUGUUUUGUUUUAUUUUUUUAUUUUUCACAUGGCUGGUUGAAAAAUGGCCGCCAAGGUGGAGUGUUGUUGAGACUGGAUAAGGGAGCAAAGAAAAAAAAAAGGCCACUCAUGGUCUGCUAUGAACUGAACUAUUCCUCCUUUUUUUUAUUUUCUAGAUUUAAUCAUAUUUCAAUAGAGCCGAAUAACGACACUACAAGGACAAAAAUGUAUUUAUUAUCUGUAAUGGUUUAUUAUGAUCCACCCUUCGACUACAAUCUUGCAAAAACAAAAAGCCUCCCAGUCUGCUGCUGUCAUUAUCGCGGUCCUCGCCGCUGAUCACUGCGAGGUCCAACCAGAGGAAGCCGGUGGCGUCUUCAAAGGAACCCCCCGCCCCUCCUCCUCCUCCUCCUCCUCCUCCUCCUGGACACGAGCCGAUUGACCACGGUUUAAAAAGUCUUAUCCUCUUCUGAAAAUGUGAGCGGCUCCAUCCAGAGACAGUAGUGAGUGUUCCAGCUCUUCUAGCGAUCAGUGUUCCAUCCUCGUAGCCUUUCUGCGACGUUAGUUUGGAUUUGUGGAUGUAUUUAUACUGAACUCUAUUCCUCUCCAGUUGUGUCUCUCUUCCAUUUCAUUUUUAACUUCUAGAUGUCAGCGAACUUUCCCCUCCCCUUCCCCUCCAACUCUUCUGUUUUUUCCUGAGAACCAUUUUUACAUCACUUUAAUUAUUUAAAGCGUCACGUUUAAGAAAAAAAAAGCACUUUAUCUGUACCUUGGUGGCCUGCUGUAAGCUCACUGUCUAAAAUUUUGCGAGAUACAGCCCUGAUAGGCAGCAGGGGAGUUCAGAAGUCUUUGUGGUUGACUAUCCAUGGCCUUGGAGAUACAAAAAAAAAAAAAAAAAAUGUAUUAUAUGAUUUUGGGGACACCAGACACGGAUGGUUGUGUACACUGUAUUCUCGCAUUUGGGUGCGUUUCUCUCUCAGCUUAUCUGCCACACACACACACACUACAAAAACAUUUCCACUGGAGAAACAUGGGUGAACAAAUGUGUCAAAGCCCCCCUAUGCAUUAUCAGUUAAAGCUUUACGAGUGACUUUUGGGAGAGAGAAAAAGAAAAAAAAGACAUGCUGUAAGAAUACUGUGAAUUCAACUGCUGAGCGUGCUGAAGAAAAGCUCGCUACUAGUCAGAGCUUGCAGUUAUUGAGUCAUCUGGCUAAAGCAGACUGCAACACUGACCUUUAGUGACCUUUUGUGUGGAAAGCAGCACUGUUGGAAUGGGGGGGGGGGGGGGCUGUGAAGACAAGAGGCUGUCGAGCUCAGCCCCGGUCUGUAUUAAAAAAAACGUACCGAAGAUUGCACACAGUCACGCUCAGCCAACCAGCCCGUCUCCCUUCCGCCUGUCUGGGAACACUUUGUUCACAUCGUGGCUGAAAACUAGCUCCCUGGUUGUCAGUGAGAGGAGUGUGUUUAUUAGGGGGAGCAGGUGAUGCACUCCUACCAGGUUGAUAAUCGGCGGUUUGACCGCUUGCCGUCAAGCCCGGCUAGUUUCCAGGCAGCCUUACACAGCGAGGAGGAGUGGGAGAGUCUAAAUGUUCUGUAUGCCUGAGAGGGUUGUCAGGAUUUUCCCGUGUGUGAGCAACAUGGCUAUCUACUGUUGCCCACGUUGGUCAAUGUUAAUUGGCUACUUUUUUGUUUUCUUUUUUUACAUGUACUGUACAUAAAAUAAAAUAUAAAGCAAUA